AUGUCAUCUCGACCAGAUCUCAAAGUCGACGACGAAGUCGGCUUCAUCCGCUUCUACCGCUCCAUUUCCACCGACAACAACACCACCAACAAUAAUGAAACCAUCCGAGUCUUCGACCGCGGAGACUGGUAUUCCGCGCACGGCACCGAAGCCGAAUUCAUCGCGCGGACCGUAUACAAAACAACCUCCGUGCUAAGAAACCUCGGAAGAAGUGAAACCGGCGGUCUCCCAUCCGUGACUAUGAGCGUUACCGUGUUCCGCAACUUUCUCCGCGAGGCAUUGUUCCGACUUAACAAGCGGGUGGAGAUCUGGGCGUCAUCUAGUGGGACGGGCCGUGGAGGACAAUGGAAGAUGGUGAAGCAGGCGAGUCCCGGAAAUCUACAAGAAGUGGAAGAGGAAUUGGGGAGUGUGGGUGGGUUGAGUUUGGAGGCCGGGGCGCCGAUUAUUCUUGCGGUGAAGAUUUCGGCCAAGGCCGGGGAGGCGAGGAGUGUGGGGGUUUGUUUUGCGGAUGCGAGUGUCAGGGAGCUCGGGGUGAGUGAGUUUUUGGAUAAUGAUGUUUAUUCGAAUUUGGAGUCGUUGGUGAUUCAGCUGGGGGUGAAGGAGUGUUUGGUGCAGAUGGAUGUGGGGAGGAAGGAUGUGGAAUUGGCGAAGGUGAGAAAUAUUGCGGAUAGUUGUGGGAUUGCGAUUUCCGAGAGGCAAGGGGGGGAGUUUGGGGUUAGGGAUAUUGAGCAGGAUUUGACGAGGUUGUUGAGGGAUGAGAGGUCCGCGGGGACGUUGCCGCAGACGGAGUUGAAGUUGGCCAUGGGGGCGGCGGCCGCGUUGAUUAAGUAUCUUGGGGUUAUGGCCGAUUCGUCCAACUUUGGGCAGUAUCAGCUGUAUCAGCAUGAUUUGUCGCAGUUUAUGAAGCUGGAUUCGUCGGCACUGAGGGCGUUGAAUCUGAUGCCUGGUCCGCGGGACGGAUCUAAGUCGAUGAGUCUGUUUGGGUUGUUGAAUCAUUGUAAGACGCCGGUGGGCAGCAGGCUGCUGGCGCAGUGGUUGAAGCAGCCGUUGAUGGAUCUGGCGGAGAUCGAGAAGAGGCAGCAGCUGGUCGAGGCGUUUGUGGUGGAUACGGAGCUGCGGCAGACCAUGCAGGAGGAGCAUCUGCGCUCGAUUCCGGAUUUGUAUCGCCUGGCGAAGCGGUUUCAGCGGAAGCAGGCGACGCUGGAGGAUGUUGUGCGUGUGUAUCAGGUUGCUAUUCGUCUGCCGGGGUUCGUGGCGUCGUUGGAGAAUGUGAUGGAUGAGCAGUAUCAGACGCCCCUGGAACAGGAGUAUACGUCGAAGCUGCGCAGUCACUCGGAUAGCUUGGUGAAGCUGGAGGAGAUGGUCGAGACGACGGUGGAUCUUGAUGCGUUGGAGAACCACGAGUUCAUCAUCAAGCCGGAGUUUGACGAGAGCUUGCGCAUCAUCCGCAAGAAGCUGGACAAGUUGCGCCAUGAUAUGGACACAGAGCACCGCCGCGUUGGCCGCGAUCUGGACCAGGAGGUGGAAAAGAAGCUGUUCCUGGAGAACCAUCGUGUGCAUGGCUGGUGCUUCCGACUGACUCGCAACGAGGCCGGCUGCAUUCGCAACAAGAGAGAGUACCAGGAGUGCUCGACCCAGAAGAACGGCGUCUAUUUCACGACAUCGACAAUGCAGGCGCUCCGCCGCGAGCACGAUCAGCUGUCAUCUAACUACAAUCGCACCCAGACGGGUCUGGUGAGCGAGGUGGUCAAUGUGGCCGCCUCCUACUGUCCUGUCUUGGAGCAGCUUGCUGGUGUCCUGGCUCACCUUGACGUGGUUGUGAGCUUUUCCCAUUCUGCCGUGCAUGCCCCUACGCCAUAUGUCCGUCCGAAGAUUCACCCUCGGGGCACCGGAAACACGAUCUUGAAGGAGGCACGACACCCGUGUAUGGAGAUGCAGGAUGACAUCUCGUUCAUUACGAACGAUGUGUCUCUUAUCCGGGAUGAUUCGUCUUUCCUGAUCAUUACUGGUCCGAACAUGGGUGGUAAAUCGACCUAUAUUCGCCAAAUUGGUGUCAUUGCGCUGAUGGCCCAGACGGGCUGCUUCGUGCCGUGCUCCGAGGCGGAGCUGACGAUUUUCGACUGCAUUCUUGCCCGUGUCGGUGCGAGUGAUUCGCAGCUCAAGGGCGUGUCGACUUUCAUGGCCGAGAUGCUUGAAACCUCUAACAUCCUCAAGUCGGCUACGUCGGAGUCUUUGAUCAUCAUCGACGAACUUGGCCGUGGAACCAGUACGUACGACGGCUUUGGUUUGGCAUGGGCUAUCUCGGAGCACAUUGUCACUGAGAUCCGUUGUUUCGGCCUCUUCGCAACCCACUUCCACGAGUUGACAGCCCUGGCUGAUCGGUAUCCCAACUCCGCCAAGAAUCUCCACGUGGUGGCCUUUAUCGGUGAUGGCACAGGCAAUGGGUCUGAGAACAAAGACUCGAAGCGUGACCAGGUCACUCUUCUGUACCGUGUCGAACCGGGCAUCUGUGAUCAGUCCUUCGGUAUCCACGUCGCUGAGUUGGUCCGCUUCCCGGAGAAGGUGGUCAACAUGGCGCGUCAAAAGGCAGACGAGCUUGAGGAUUUCACCUCCUCCGGAGCACAGGAACAAGAGUCGAACAUGGCGCUUGACAAGUACUCGCAGGAAGAGGUCGAAGAGGGCAGUGCUCUUCUUAAGGAGAUGUUAUUGAAAUGGAAGGAGGCGAUUGAAUCACCCGGCAAGAACCUGACGGUCGAAGAGAAACGCCAGAUUAUGCGUGAUCUCGUCAACAGUGAUCCGAAGUUGCAGGCCAACAAAGUGUUCCAGGGCAUUCAGGCUUUUCUCAGCAAUGCGCGCAAACUGAAGCGACCUCCCGCUGGCCAGCUUGAUUCAUGCACCCCUUUUCCAUCCUCACUCUCGGAUGUCAACAUGCUCAUGAGCGAUGGGUUGCUACGGGUAUUCUGGCCAUACGAUCUACCUCGGUCGUCAUCGCCGGGAGUGAUUGUUGGAUGGCGGAACUCGGAGUUGGAUUUGUUCGUGUUGACUGUGCUGGAGGAUGUGGAGCCUCGAAAUGUCGACAACGCUUUACGGGCAGGGAUUCUAUUCCGCAAUAGCCCUCAUCCUAUUGUGCGGAUAUUCGCCCUAUGUGGACGAUCGGCCAUGCAUGUUCUAGGAUCAACCAACUCACCGGAUCCGCCAACGGCUUUCAAUCCGUCGCAUCUCUAUGUCACCACAAAGUCGUCGGGCAAGGUUCCUCGGAUCUUCUGUCCACCCGAAACGAACCUCUCUGUUCAGGUCAUCAUGUUUAAUCGGCCUCAUCCGACCAGGAUGGAGUAUAUGUCCCUGGAGCCGAUUUCCCUGGCAUUGGGUGACAAAGUGUUUGGUGCGGACAAAUCCGAUGAUGUGUCUGAUCAGAUCAAUACCGAAGAGGAGCGGGGUAAGAGUCAAGCCGUGAAGCUGGUCGAAAAGCUGAAGCUUCACACGGUUGUCAAGCAUGUUCCCUCUUCCAAGGAACAAGCACUUCCCCUCAUCAUCAACCAGGUUAACUGCGCAUAUGAAAUGGGGAAGCUGAUGGAGAAGAAUAGCCAUUUGGUCGGAAUCCGUGUCAAAAGAAGCAUGAGUGUUGGUGAACGGGUCGUAGAGUCCGCCACUACGCUGUGGGACCUAGUCGUUCUCGGGGUUUCUUAUGUCUUCUGGCAAUGGAUCUGGCCGGUGAUUACCCGCAUAUUCAUCGUUGGGCUCGUCUUCCAUCGUACAAUUGCGGAGAUAGUGCUGCAAAUCCUGGAGUGGCGUGCCCGCCCGGACGCCGCUGCCCUGAAAGAUAUAUCAGCGACAGCUCAGCAGGUGGAUAUUCGACUCCAGCAGUUCUGUUACUGGCCAAUCCAGUAUGUGAAACUACGCCAGAGAAAGGACAACUGGGAGAGUGUGACGACUAGUCAUCCAGACUACAUUCGGUUCUACAACAGCUUGUGGCUCGUCGCCAACGACGUGAUUAUCGGCAUUGCAUUGGGAUCGUACAUCAUCGACAACGCCAACUGGGUGGCCUUUCAAAUCAAUUCUGUUCUGACGGGCUGGACCGUGGAAGGGCUGCAACGUACCAUCUCCUGGCUGAUGGACUGGCCGGCUGGUCUCAAGCUCAACAACGAGCUUGCUGCAUUCCUGGGUGAUCUCUUCCUAUGGGUGAUCGAAAACUGGGCAGUCCAUAUCUAUUCCUUCUACAUCGCAUCUGCACGGAUUUUCAACUGGCAGCUUACGAUCAUCAUAUCUCUCUUCCAUCUUUUCCGCGGCAAGAAGCGAAACGUGCUUCGCAACCGUAUAGACUCAUGCGAUUACGAUCUUGAUCAACUUCUUCUUGGAACAAUCUUGUUUACCGUUCUCUUCUUCCUCUUACCUACCGUUAUCGUCUUCUAUCUCGCCUUUGCGAGCGCGCGGAUGUUGAUCAUCUCGCUUAAAGCGGCACUUGAUACGUGCUUGGCUUUCUUGAACCAUUUCCCGCUUUUUGCUUUGAUGCUGCGAGUCAAGGACUCCCGGAGAUUGCCAGGUGGAAUCCACUUUGAGCUUCGUGAAGAGUACGAUAAAUGCUCGACAACCAAGUCGAGCGCUAGUGUGCCUUAUAUCCACCUUGAGUCUAUUCCUCUUACUCUUCGUGCCAUGUUCGAUCAAUACUUCCAACUGGGCCACCGACUACGAAAACACUACCUCGCGCCCCAGGUCAUCUUCUGCCUUGUGACUGGCCGCUUCGUGCCUCCUAUACAUCGGCGCAACCUAUACGGUAUGCAGUACAGCAUGCUCCCUGCACGCCGAGCGACAAUGACAGAGGUGUGGUCGUUGUUAACACAGCCUCGCAAGACUAGCAGUAGCAGCAGUAGCUCCUCGUCCAUGGGCGCAGGAAUAGGUACUGCAGCGAACGGGAUCCUCAAGGUCCCGGGGGCUUUCGGACAGGGUGAUAUGAGGCGGCGAGGACAUCGAUAG